CAGGCAAUGAGAAUGCUGGAUGCAAUUUAAUCAAGGUGCACUUCCCUGACUAGGGUGGGGAAGUUUCAGCCUGAAGUGCUAUUCAACUCUUCUAGAACUGCCAAACAAAAACACGGUGAACAGUUUGAUGGUUCUGUUUUAAGGUCAGUAAGGAGUGUGCAAGUUCACAGCUUUUGCCUGAGGUGGAGAACAAGGCAGUGCCUUUGAGCAGUUUCAGACACAGCCAGUGUUGAAGAUGGCUGACCAGGAGUUGGGCACUCAGAUCGAAGCCCAAUUCAAUGAUGUUGUCAGAAGAUUACAGAGCAAGCAGCUUUUCCAGUCCAACUGGGAUAUCGCCACGUUUGCCAUUUUCUUUAUUUUCAUUGGUGCAGUGCUGACUCUGAUUCUCUUGGUCCUGAUUCGCUGUUGCUGGGGUUUCUGCUUUUCUUCAUCACCAAGAAAGAAGCAUGGAAAACAGAAGGUGGGUGUUGACAACUUGGCAUUGGACCCUUAGAAUCUGGAUGGGAUAUUCGACCAGAAACCAGAACAAUUAGCAACAUUGUGCAUAAGGGAGUUUGUUGUUAAGCCCGUAAAAAGACUCCACCAUUAAAGUUAUUUCAAUAGGCACUCCUUCUGAAUCUAACACAAAUAUGAAAUCUAACGUCUUUAGCUGGCCUGCAUAAUAUUGGCUUAACUGCACUUUUCAUUUGUAACUUCAUACUUAUUGGCAACUAUCCAUUGCAGGUUUAAUCACAAAACAAAAUACAAAAUCAUGCACUUUUAUCCAUUUCAUGAAUUUCUUUUUAUCUACAAAAAAAUCCAUUUAGCUGAGUUGAAUGAAACUUUGCAAUUUAAAAUCAUUGACAUGAAACAGGUGAUUAUGUUUUGACCUGUCCCACAGCUGUCAAAUGCAAUUAUCCUCAAAAUUACUGCUAGCUUAUAGCAACCAAAAAACAAAAAGGCUAAACGCUAUGGAGCUAGGCAUUGUAUGGUGUUAAAGUCCGGAGAAAUUAAAGUUGGAUCAUAAACAUGCAGCUUACGUACGAUUCACUGGUACUGGGAAAUAGAGAAUCAUAGCGUAGGUCACAAAUUGCUGCUGUACCACAAAGGUGAGCACUCAAGUCUUUUAUUUUGUGUGGAAGCAAUGGAUCUAAUGGGUUGUUUGUGCCUUAGAUUAUUAGUUGAUAUUAUCACUAUUUUGUGCAAGUUUAGUUAUUCCAAUGAAAACCUCCCAAUGCAUUGAGCAGGCAUAAACCAAGCUACAGUGUAUAAUUGCUUCUAGCAGGCUGCUUUCAGCUUAUCAAGCACCAACGCUGCAAAAUGCACUGCUUGAUUUUUCAUCGCAGCUAUCACUUUUAGUAACAAAAUAAACCUGUCACUUUGAGCCUUGACAUUUUCCCUUUCCGCUCACAAACUCAGGCAAGAGUUAUUUGUUUUGUGAUGGUGGGGUGAAGUUAAUUGAGAACAAAACUCUGAGCCUACGCACCAAAUAGACAACUUACUUCUAAACCUCUCCAGGGCUUGACCAAUCAUGUCUGGCAAGACAAUCUGGAAGAUUAAUCUUUCUAAAAUAAGGCAGAAAUUGUUAUACAACUAAGAUUUGAUAGUUUUUUCUGGGGUGGUCGUUGGAAAGCAUGUGUGUGCAGCAUCUUGAUGUUCAAGCUUACCAGCUGUAAUAUAUUUAACUAUGAAUAUUAGUUCUGUUAAUUACUUUUCAUUCUAAAAUAAACUGAUGUAUCACAUA